AUGAAAAUGUUUAGAAAUAGAUUGAAGGAGUAUUCUGUCUUUAUUAAUGAUGAUAACUACAAAUUAGUUAGUGGUGAAAAGGAUAAGUUUUACAUGGAGUUAUUAGAUCAGAUUAAUAAACUAAUAGACCAGAUAAAAGCAGCAUCUUCCUAUGGAAGUUUUAUUGUGUAUGAGGAUAAGAUUAAUAAACUACAAGAUGAAGUUACAUUAUUAGAUAAUAUUACUGUUGAUGAUGAUCAUAGAGAUGUAUUUGAAGGUAUUAAAAACAUUCUUAAGGUUAAAUUACUAGAAUGUAUUCAAUUACUUAAUAAAAAGAAACAAAUAGAUUUAAUUAAUCUUAAGGAAGAAACUUAUGAUCCUGUUAUUGAGGAAGAAGAAAUAAAAAGUCACAAUAAGAUUGAUGAGAUGUUACUUAGAGAUAUUGAACAAGAAAACAAGAAAAUAUUAUUAGGUCAGGAUUAUGUUGAAACUAAUACAAAGAUUAAGCAAAUUGAUAAAAUUCAAAGAGCUAUUAAUGAACAUUUAUUAAUACAGGAUGAAAGAAUUGAUAAUGUUUGUAAUAUAACUAAGGAGAGUAGUAAGAUUUAUAAAAAUAUCAGUAAUAUGGAUUUUAGGAAAAGUGGAAGUUUUAUUAGAAGAUUUGUUACUUUAUUAAUCAUUUGUUUAACUUUUGUAAUGAUUUAUAUGCAUUUUUAUUAUAAUAGAUUUUAA